AUGAAGCUCACUUUCAAGGAUCUGAAGCAGGAGAAGUUCGUUAUCGAGGCCGAGCCCUCCGAGACUGUUCGCCAAGUCAAGGAGAAAAUCGCUCAGGUGAAGAGUGGCUAUGAUGCAGACCGCACGAAGGUCAUCUAUUCUGGAAAGAUUCUGCAGGAUGACAAGACAGUGGAGUCUUACAACAUCCAAGAAAAGGACUUCCUAGUUUGCCUGCCUUCAAAGCAACCCAAGGCUGCCCCCUCUGCCUCUGCCCAGGCCCCUUCCACACCCGCUGCCCGAGUUCCUGCUGCCACCCCCGCUGCUCCUCCUGCUCCUGCCCCUGCUGCUGCCUCAGCUCCCGCCGUCCCCGCGACUCCAUCGCCCGCCGACCGUGGCACUCAACCCGCUAGCCAAGAUGCUGCCUUCAACGACCCUUCCACGUUGGCGAUGGGAUCCGCAGCUGAGAGUGCCGUGACCCAAAUGGAGGCCAUGGGAUUCGCAAGAAGCGAUAUCGACCGUGCCAUGCGCGCUGCAUACUUCAACCCUGACCGUGCUAUCGAAUAUCUGUUGACUGGUAUCCCCGAGAAUAUCCAGCAGGAACAGCAACAACGGCAACAACAGCAGGAGGCUGCUGGUUCCCUUCCUUCCAUUCCUGCUGCUACCGGUGGCUCUGGUGGUGAGGAGCCAGUGAACUUGUUCGAGGCCGCUGCUCAGGCCGGUGAUGGUAGUGGUGCCCGUGGUGCUCGCACUGGUGGUGCUCCCGCCGCCGCUGGUGCUGGUGGCGAUGCUCUUGCCAGUUUGGACUUCCUCCGCAGCAACCCCCACUUCCAGCAGCUUCGCCAGCUCGUUCAGCAGCAGCCCCACAUGCUUGAGCCCAUUCUGCAACAGGUUGCGGCUGGCAACCCCCAGAUUGCCCAGAUCAUUGGACAAAACUCCGAGCAGUUCUUGCAGCUGCUGAGUGAGGACUUUGAUGAGGAUGAUGAGGCCAACCUGCCCCCAGGCACACAAGCCGUUUCCGUCACACCGGAAGAGCGGGACGCCAUUGAGCGCCUGUGCCGUCUUGGCUUCCCUCGGGAUUCCGUCAUUCAGGCCUACUUCGCCUGCGACAAGAACGAGGAGCUUGCCGCCAACUUCCUCUUUGAACAGCCCGAUGAGGAGGAGGAUUAA